AUGGUGCCAGUAAAACCUUUUCGGUUAAACCUUCAGCCGACGCGCCGCUUUUGGCACCACCGUCGACUCGACCUUAUAAUGGCUGCUUUUCUCUACAGGACACUUCGGUAAACUUUAGAUAUGCUGGAAAUAAGUAUGGCCCAAUCAAAUGCGAAAAAGCCAUCUCGCAUCACGAUUGCCUGCAACGCCUGUCGUUCGCGGAAGCAAAAGUGCAGCGGAGAAAAGCCAGUUUGCACGCAAUGUCUCGAACAUAAUCGCCCUUGCGCUUGGCCAGAGCAACUUAAACGAGGCCCCGCAAAAGGUUACAUUGAAGUAUUGGAAAACCGUUUACAUGAAACCGAGACUGUGCUGUUGAAAGUGUUGUCGCAAUUUCCGGAUGCUCAAUUGGCAUCGGCGCUGUCCAGAGAUCAAUUUAGCAGCGCAAACGGCUAUGCGCCUUUCUCGAGGUUGGGGAAAAAGGGAACCGAAUAUUGGAAGAAGUUUCCGUUGGAAACCGCUGAAAAUGUUCGGGAAUGGCAGCAUGAUUGCUCUAGGGAGAUGUAUGGUUCAACUGAUGAGCGUGAUAAAGUCCAGUUUGAACCUUCAACAAUCACUGAGAUAAGUACAAAUGCGUCACAGUACGAACCAAACCAGAGCGAUUCUGGUGCUCAUGGUCAUUACGACGAUUCACUAGAAUUCGAGUCCAGAAUAGCUCCACCCGAGGCAUCUCACACUGUGCAUAUGACUGCAUCUCCACCCCUACGUCUGCAAGAAAAUGCAAGCACGGGCCAGUCUAGGAAACGUCAAAGAAGUGCAGGAACAUCAUUGAAUGAAUCCUGCAUACUGAAUUCCCCGAGUCAACCACUCCCGGUAGAAGCUCAUCAUACAUCACAAGAACCCAGUUUAUGGACCGGAGCUCCGCCAAUCAAAUUCCAGAAACAAUUUUUGUGGUGAUGACAGCUCCACGGCUUCGUCUGUUCCUAAUUAAGAUACAUUGCAUUGCGGUACACGUCAACUUUUCAUGCGGGAAUUAUUAGCCGAGAUGGUGCACGUCCAGCGUUUUCUCUAUAUUUUAGUGCUUCGCAAGCCUCAAGUCAUUCGCCAAUUAGGAACAAAUGUCAUC